AAUUCAUCUGCUUCAAUGUACAUAGAUGAUGAUAUUGCAAGGGUAAGAAGGUUGUUUUCAGACAUUAAGAGAAGACACACAUCUGUUUCUGCUUAUGAUACAGCUUGGGUAGCUAUGGUCCCUUCUGUGGCAAACUCAAAAUUACCACAGUUCCCACAGUGCCUUUCAUGGAUAAUAGAAAAUCAACUUUGGGAUGGAUCUUGGGGAUUAUUAGAUUUGCCCUAUAUUAAAGACCGAUUGUCUCACACUCUGGCAUGCCUUAUAGCACUUAGAACAUGGAAUCUUGGUGCUGAAAAUGUAGAAAUGGGUUUGAGAUUUAUAAAAGAGAAUAUUGGAAAGAUAGCCAGCGAGGACAGAUAUAAUCCCCCAGGCUUUGAUCUGAUCUUCACUGCCAUGUUAGAAGAUGCAAGAGACUUGUGUUUGGAACUCCCUUAUGACUCACCUCCUAUAAAAAUGAUGUUCACUAAGCGAGAAGAAAUCCUGGAAAGCAUUGAAAUAAACCAUAUGAAUGAGUAUGACAAAUCCCUCAUAUUCAUAGUUGAGGGUAUUCGGAGGAUAGUUGAUUGGGACAAAGUUUUAAGACAUCAGAACAAGAAUGGUUCGCUCUUCCAUUCUCCCUCUGCAACUGCUUGUGCUCUAAUGCACACAAGGAACUUCAGCUGCCUUAAGUAUUUGAAUUCAAUACUAGAAAAUUUGGAGAACAAAGUGCCUAGUGCUUAUCCCCUAAAUUUGGUUACUGGUCUCUCAAUGGUAAAUAGCUUGGAAAGCUUAGGUAUAGCAAGACAUUUCAAAAGUGAGAUAAAACAAGCUCUAGACGAUGUCUACAGACGCUGGACAGAGAAUGAAAUGAUUGAGGGAAUAUCAUCAGCAUCAGACAUAAUUAACAUGUCUAUCAGUUUCAGGAUUUUGCGGUGGAAUGGAUAUGAUGUAUCUCCAGAUGUCUUUCUCAGUUACAUGAAGAAUAGUGACUUCCUACUGUCUCUAGAAAACAGCAGCCAAGCUGUUACAGCAUUGCUGAAUUUGUACAAAGCAUCUCAGUUGAUGUUCCCAGGUGAAACAAUUCUUGAAGAAGCAAAAUCCUUCUCCCAAAAAUACCUUGAAAAUAUUACAAUGGAUGACCAAAAUACAGUCCUCAAAGACCUUGAGAAAGAGGUUAAGUAUGCACUGGAUGUCCCUCGGAUGGCUUGUUUGGAGAGAAUAGAGCAUCUAAGAUACAUGAAUACAUUUGGUUUUGAUGAUAUUUGGAUUGGAAAGACAUCUUACAGGAUGCCCUUUAUAAGCAAGGAUUGCUUUUUAACUUUAGCCAAAAAAGACUACAAUAUCUGCCAAACAGCCCAGCAGGAAGACUUAAAGAAGUUGGAAAAAUGGAGUGCAGACUGUAAACUUGGUGACCUACACUUUGCUCGACAAAAGCUUGUAGCCUGCUAUUUUUCUGCUGCCUCAACACUUUUUAGCCCUGAAAUGUCUACUGCUCGCAUCGUGUGGACUAAGAUUGCCAUUCUCACUGUACUAAUGGAUGACUUUUAUGAUGUCGAGGGUUCCAUUGAAGAGAUUCGAUGUUUUGUUGAAGCUGUUAGGAGGUGGGAUACAACAGGGAAAUGUAAUUAUUCAGACAAUGUGAAAAUUCUGUUCUCUGCAAUUUAUAACACUGUCAAUGAUAUUGCUCAAGCUGCCUGGGCUUUCCAAGGCAGGGACAUCAGCACCCAGUUAAAAGAAAUUUGGUACAGAUUUGCAAUCUCAAUGAUGAAGGAGGCGGAAUGGACAAAAUCUGGAUUUAUACCAUCGAUGCAGGAAUACAUUGAAAAUGGAAAAACAACAAUCGGCCUAGAACCAAUUAUCUUUCCAUCACUCUAUUUUGUAGGACCUGAACUUUCAGAGCAAACCAUCUUGCAUCAUGAGUACAGCAGUCUUAUGCAACUCAUCAAUACUUGUGGGCGCCUUUUGAAUGACAUUCAGAGCUACAAGAGGGAGAUCAAGCAAGGAAAGCUCAACUCUGUGUCAUUGUUCAUGAAAGAGUAUCCAGGGACAUCUGUUGAGGAUGCUACUGAGUGGGUUAGACUAACUGUAAAUGAAAACACACAAAAACUACUCAGAAACUUGCUGCAACCAAGUGUUCUGCCUCGUGAUUGCAAGCAGUUAUAUUGGAAUAUGCUCAAAAUUAUCCAACUCUUCUAUCUCAACACAGACGAAUUCACAUCUCCCACUACCAUGCUUGAACAUAUAAAGGCAGUUCUUUUUGAUCCUGCCUUAUAA